ACUUGGUUUUAGCAAAGUUUUAUGUACGAGCAACAUAAAUGUAGAAUGAAUGUCUGUUUACCAAGACUCCAUACAAAAUAAUUUUACCUGACUCAAAGUACCUCAUUCGAUGCAGUUUUUAAUGCUGAUUUUGAAUCUAAAGCUGAUUUUUAUUGUUGAUCGCAAAAUAUUAGAGCAAAUAGUUGAACAAUAUAAAACUCCCAUUACUAAAAAUGUAAAAACAGCAGCAUUCUUUUUGUUCUUCUUCCUCCUAUUUUCAUAGAAAAUGAUACUCCCAUAAAAAGUUAUUUAUAUAGGUCGAUCGAGCAGAAGCUCCUCUAUCGAAGUGUAUAUCGGGCUUUCUGCGCGAAUUCAAUUUUUGAAUGACAUGAUAAGCAAACAUUUUCGCAUGUUUUAGCUACUGAGUGGAAAAGAGCAGCUGGUGAGGUUCCAGUAAAAAUAAUUUAAAUUUACCUUGAAAAGCGGAUGACCUUGAAGAUUUUUCGAUGGUCUACACGAAUGUGGAGUUGAAAUUUCGAUUAGAAAAAAUAGUUAGAUUCAUAUUCGCCAAAAUAAUGAAAACCAUUACAUUUGAAGUCGGAGAAAAUAAUCAAAAUGCGUAUUUUUGUAUUUUGUGAGUUUGUCUCUUAUUGUACGAUCAAUGAUAGACUUCUUUGGUAAUCAAAAUGAUCAGCGUAAAAAGUUCUAUCCAAUGAUAUUAUUUGAAGACUAAUCGAAGAUGACAUAUGUAACGGUGGGAGGAACCCCAUGGAAUUACCUAACUACUUUAUGGAACGCGAAUCUAUGAUAAGUUUAGCUGACAAAAUAGGUCUCACUUGACUCGAUUGUUAUUGUUAAAUUAUGAGGAGUAUCAAGUUAAAAAUGAUCUACAUCAAGACCAACUCAUCUGUGAAAUGACUUAUCCAAUAUUUGAGCUGAAUAAUGUGGCAAACUAUAUAUAGCAGUUCUCUUUUACUUCCAACGGUUUUUCACCAUAGAUUUUUAAGGGGAGCCAAAAAAGUCUCGCUGAACACUAGCAGAAAUAUGAAAAUAAGAAAGUUUCUUAUCAAUCAUGUUAGCUAUUUUGCCUAUAUGAACAUUUAGUGACUGUCAAUACUCUGUUAAGGCUGGUUGAGAAUAACUGACCGAUUGAUGUGUGAAAAUUUUCUUUAUGACUGAUCUACACUUCUUUGGUCUUUUUAGAAACUUUAUCAUAUACAUAUAUAUAUAUCCAUCGACUGUUCCUUUAAUUUUUGUUCCUUUAAGUAUGUGUAAGAAUAGCAGAUCCAUAGCUCUUUAUUCACACAAGGUAUGCACGAUGGCAUAGUUCCUUUCAGUAGAGAGGUAGCGAUGUUUGCGUCGUGUUAUUUUAAUAAUUCAACAUUUGUUACUUGAAGUGAACGAUUUUGCUAGAUGAGGAAACAAAUAAAUCAAAGAAAUGAAAAGGAAUAUUUAAAAAAACAGAGAAAUACUGAAAUUGAACGCUUAAUUUGUUGUUUCUCUUAAACAAAUUUGCGUUGUCUAUGCACUGCUUGAUUAGUUUUUUCAUUCGAAAGCGGAUUGAUUUCAAUUGCAACUGAACAUGAAUUUAAUCUUGAUGCUAGAUGAAUUCAUAACAGUACAGAAUAGGAAGAAUGAUAAUUUGACGAAGUAAUUUCCUCAGUCAUAAUCUAAUUGAUUGAUGCAUAAGAGAAUAACGAAUAACAGAAGGAGAGAAAAGACGAAAUAAAAUAAAAAGAAAGAGGAAACAGAAGAGGUGAUUGUUUUUCAUCUCUCAGUAGGUGGUUUCGAUUAUAAAUGUUAGAGGAGAUGAAUGGUAAUAAAAACGAGAUUCAGAUCAUAUGCAAACUCAUUAUUAAAUUCAAACUAAGAAAUAUUUACAACCUUCCAACAUCAUAUAAAUAGGCAAGCAUCACAUAGUUCAAUUUAUUCUUUUUUCUAAAUUCUGCCUUUUUUUAUAAAUAGAUCAUCGCUGUUUCUUCUCAUUCAUCUCGUCAAUUAUAUUUAAAUAAAAGGAAUAUUAUGGCUGAACCAUUAAUAUGUCCAUUAUGUAAGAGUAUUAUGGGUAAUUCUGUUGAUGGUAUAGCUAUUUAUGGUUGUGGAUAUAUGAUCUGUGGUGAAUGUUUCUAUGAUUUACAUCAUCAAAGUUAUAAAUGUUUUGUAUAACAAAUUGAUACAGUUGCUAAUAUAACAUUAAAUACAUGUUCUAUUGGUAGAACUAAUCGUAUGUUUAUACCAUAUAUAUUUAAUAUAACAAAUUCAUGUUUAAAACUUGAAAAUGAAAUUCAAAUUGAUUUUGAAUCACCUGUUCUUUAUGCAUUAAAACAAGCUGAUGCAUAUAAUGACACAGUACCACCACUGUGUACAGCUAAUGUUCAAAAUGGUGUAUGUCAUGUACAAUUUAUUCGAAAAGAACCAUGUUCAUUUAGUUGGGAUUGGGUAAGAAUUUAUAUCGAGAGAUAA